GUCCUUUCUCCUCCUCUCUCCUCUAUAGCACACUCAAUUAAUCGUAUACACACGCUUGCUCUCGUUGUUGUUCGUGAUCUCACAUCUUGCCCAUCCCGCCUUCAAAAGUAUGAUGAUUUCCAUGAUUAGCACGAGCGACCAACGCCGUGCGCGGUAGUUCGUCCAAGAGGGGUAUAAUCGUUGUAUCCUCUUUCCCUCCGCACCUCAAACUUUCUGGGCAUCAAAUCUGGGUACAUCAAUCCUUUCAAAUGUCAUGCUUACGCGCCUCUACGUACAGAUCAGAGGGGAUUUCGGGCAAUAUACACUAUGUGUCCAAUGACAAUAGCAAUCCCUGGCGCCGUCAACAGGUAAUCGACACAGUCGAAAGAGAGAUUGCCGUUCGGUCUACACCAGAGCACAUUCAGCUGGCCCUCUUCUGCGACGCGUCAAUAAACCACAAAGACUUACCUGCGCUCCCCGGAGGGUACGCCGUCGUCUUCAAUGAACACUGUCCGGGACACCUCGACCAUGGGAAGAAGGUUGUAAUGGGAUGGCAUAUGCCACACAUGAUCGACAACAUGAUUGUGGAGGCUAUCGCCGUUGCCCAGGCUGUCCAGGUAUCUGGCAAAAAGCUGCGGGCUGCACACCUGGCCUCGAACAAGACCAGAGCGGCCACGGUGAAGGUGUUCACGGAUGGAAAUCAAGUACUUCAACAUAUCGAUGGACGUGCGGCCGUGAAGGGCUUCCGUCAGGAGACUUUUCGAAAGGCCAUUCGACUUGUUUGCGAGCAGUCGCAUGAACUGGGCUGCAUUCCCGGCCUUGAUGUAACGCUCGAGUUAUUCUGGGUUCCUGGGCACGCCGGCGUUGACGAUAACGACAUCGCCGACAAGGCUGCAAGGCAAAUCCUCAGGAAUCCCCGUCAAGGUAAUCUUUUUACGAUCGACAAGAAGAAAAGAAACAUUUCGUCUAUGCCUGCGGCUGUUUUCCUACCCCUUCAAUACGAUCUGGAGGUAGAAACCCAACGGACUAUGUCCUUUUCCCUUCCUCCUCGCAACGGGGAAUAUCGAUCCUCUCACCAGGCUCAUCUCGGUAAAGACCAUCUUCCUUUCCCAAGCUCAGCCCUGAGCCAUGAAGCUGCAGGCACUCCGGCCUCCACUUCCACCCCUCUGUCCCCUAACUCAGACCCCACGGGUGAGACAGUGACCGUAGCCACAGUGGAAGAGAUGGCUGCAGCGGAGGAGGCAAUUGCUGUAGUAGAGGACGUAUCAGAUGCGACAGAGGACACAUCAGGUGCGACAGAGGAUACGGCAGCUACAGAAGAGGAAGAAGUCAGUGCAACAGGAGAAGAGGUUGCGGCUUUUGAAGUUGCUGGCGGCAGAACCUUUAACGGAGAGGGUGCUGUUCGCAAUGAUAACCUCAGUCAACUAGAGGUUGACAUUCAGCUCUUGGGGGAAAUGGAGGAGGCACUCUGGAGGGAGCUGCGCGAGGAGGUCAAGGCGGGUAUCAUGAAGCAAUUUUGUUCGGUUAUUAAGAACAAGGCAGGAUCGGGUUGAAGCCCGUGGCACUGAGUAGGG